UUCCCAAACCCAGGGGCUGCCAGGAGAUCACUUACUAAAUGCUGGAACAAAAACAACAAGGUUUUUCUUGAAAGAGACAGAUUCACCAUAUUGUGGAUGGAGAUUGAAGACACUGGAAGAGCAUGAAGCAGAGACGGGGAUGAAGUCUAAAGAAGCAAGGAAGUAUAUUUUUAACUGCUUGGAUGAUAUAGCGCAUGUAAAUAUGGUGAUGGAUAUGGAAGGAAGUGACUUGCUGGCUGAGAAAGCAGAUCGAAGAGAGUUUGUACGAUUGCUGAAAAUGAUGUUGUUAAUUGAUGCAGAUAAACGAAUCACUCCAGAUGACUCCUUGUACCAUCCAUUUGUUACCAUGCAGCAUCUUCUGGAUUUUCCUCAGAGCAACCAUGUCAAGUCCUGUUUUCAAAUAAUGGACAUCUGUAAAUCUCGCUGCAACAAUAUUGAUGUAAAUAAUCGCAAUAAGAUGCCGUUCAUGAGAACGGUUGCCUCAGGCAGUACAACUAACAUGACUGUAGGUUAUAACAAAUUGGGCACUGUGCAUAAUCAGGCUUUAGCACCAUCUAGCCAUGCUGCUCUGCAUCAUGGGAUACCACUGCAGGCUGGAACUGCACCAUUUGGUUGCAAUGAUUCAUUUCAGCAGACACUUAUUCUGUGUCCUCCAUCCAUGCAAGGCAUUCACACAAACCAUGCCAAACCAGCUGGCUACUCAGUGCGGUUAGACAACACUGUUCCCUUGGUAACACAGGCCACAGCCAUACAGCCAGUGCAGAUGCGGCCAGGAGUUCUGUCACAGCAAACUUGGCCGAAUCGAUCACAGCAGAUAUUGCUGCCUGCCUGGCAACAAGUAGCAACUGUAGCCCCAACUGCACUGACUUCUGAUUCUGUGGCUGGUCCACAGAGACUUGGAGACUGGGGGAGUAUACAUCCACAUGGCAACCGUUAUAGUUCAGUGAUGCCACAGCCUAUUUUAACAAAUCAGAUAACCCUAUCUGCCCCUCAACCAAUCACUGUUGGUAUUGCACAUGUUGUUUGGCCUCAGCCUGCUGCUAACAAAAGAAACAAGCCUUGUCAAAACAGGAGUAAUGUAUUUCAGAAUACCAACACACAAAAUUCUGCACCCAUAUCUCCAAAGAUUUCAGAUGAUGUAAAGCAUAUUGAGACAGAAAGUUGUGUAACCACUCAGGACAAUUGUAAUUCUGAGCAAGAAAAUAUGAGCUGUUGUGGGGAAACUGUCAGGCAGGACCAUGGCAGUUCCAUGUCGAACAGACAGCGACACGCCAUCAUCAUUAGCGAUACGCCAAGUCCUGCGGUCAGUGUUAUUACAAUCAGCAGUGAUACUGAUGAUGAAGAUGAAUCGCAGCAGAGAUAUUCAGUUGGAGAAUGUAAAGGCAGUCCAGGUUGUGAAGCCUGUGAAAAUACACUAAAUAUUGAUCGGGUUUGUUCUUUAAGUAGCCCUGACAGCACUCUCAGCACCAGUUCUUCUGAUUCUUCAGAGUCCAGCCCUUCGCCUUGUAAAAGACCAAACAGUAUGUCAGAUGAUGAACAUGAGAGUGGAUGUGGCACUGUGGAAAGCUCCCCAGCCUCGGACUCAUCUGGGCAAGAUGACAGUCCAUUCAGGGAAGAAAGAUUUUUAGAAGAAGUAAACCAAAAUACUAAAAACAGUUCAGAGGGUACAGAAACGAGCAAGCCUGCUGUCCCCACAGUACUAGUACCUCCAAUGAGAUUGGAAAAUAAUCACUCUGUUUCUGAUGAGCAGAUAUCAAAUACAGACAGCACAUGCCAUUUGUUAAAGAAAGGAAGGUCAGCCCCUGCAAGAAUAAACCAGUACUCCACAGUUGGCAGUCGUCACCAUAAACCAGCAUCAGCAUUCCAACACCAACAGCAGCAUGUCAACUUUGGUCAGGUUCAGCAGUUUGGAACAGCACACCAAGAAUGGAGUGGUAAUUACGGACACAGGAGGCCACAGGCUUACAUCCCACCUACGGUGACAAGCCAUCCAUUCAGCCUUUCUCAUGGAAGUCCAAACCACACUACACUGCAUGCCCAUUUAGCAGGAACUGCUCAUCUCGGGGGACAGCCCACCAUACUUGCUUAUCAGGCUCUUGGAACGACUGCUUCUGUAGCCCACAUUCUAGCUUCUCCGUGUACCUCAAGACAUAUGCUGCAGACUGCUGCAUAUAGUAUAUCUCACCCAAAUGGUCUUGUUCAGGUUCCUGUGGGCAUGAACCCUCGUCUCCUGCCUUCCCCAAACAUUCAUCAGAACCAAUUUAAGCCAGUUUUUGCACCACAUUCUUACAUCACAGCAUCCCCUGCUUACGCAGGUUUUCCACUAAGUCCUACAAAACUGAAUCAAUUUCCCUACAUCUGAAAGAAAAUUAGGCUGCUGAAAAAGCUCAAUGAUACAAACAUUUGGUCUGGCAGGACAUGGUAUCAAAUAAUGGCCAUGGCACAACACACACACACACACAAUAUUUUUGAAUCAUGUAGAUUUGGGUGCAAUUUAAACAACUUUGAGCUUUAAAAAAACUCUUUUAAUGUGUUUUGCACAUUUGGUACAACUUGUAAUUUGGUUGUGUGAUCUUUUAUGGUAACUCUAGACAGGUAACUUACAGGAACCAGUUACUUUUAUGCUGUUUUUAUAACAAUGCCUUCUAUCUAGUGCAAGACACAUCUACAUUUGGGAAGCCAUUCAUUGUAACUUUGAGCAACAAAUGCACAUGUCAGCAGUACAAAUCUCUGUAUUAUCCUUGUCCUUUGUGUUCAAUGUUGAGUCAUGUAUCAAAAAUGUUGAGCUGUUCUUAACACUGCAUGUGUCUUUUGCAUGGGCAAAGGAAACGUUGCCUAGAUGUCGCUCUUAAAUGUUGUCGUCCUAACAUUCUAAGCUGCGUUGUAAAUUGUUCCCACACAUAGUGCCUUAUAUUUUUGAGGUUGUUAAUGUUACUACUUAUCUAUUAACAUUAUGGACUGCAGCACUUAAAUUCAGAUCUGCUGAUUUUUUAUAUAGAGGUAAUGAUUGUUUUUUUAUGUUUUUUAAUGUGGUAUGUUUUAUGUAGUGCUUUUUUCCUUUUAUCAGAGGGCAGCAUGUUCUGCUGUAACUAAUGAUACUGUUUGUCAUUAGGAUGAUUUGUCAGAAAGAAAUCAAGAAAUUAGAUGAUGCUUGAGUGUUGAUAAUUAGUUUGUGUUGAUCAGAACAAUUGUCAUAGCAGACAGUAUUUAAACUGUCAGAUUCAACUGCAUUACAAUCUAAGUAGCUGGUCUUCAAGGCAUUUUGCUGUCUAACUGGGUUUAACAGGUUAUUUAUAGAUGCAAUGGGCAUGCCUUUCUGUAAGUUAAAGAAGAAAAUACAGUUCUUGGUCUCUGAUUCAUGAUAUGGUUUCAUCUUAGCUUUAGCAAACCAUGCAGUAUUUGAUAUGUCGUAACAGAAUAUUCACUAUUAAUGCUUGACAAUGUGUGAGUUCUGUGUGUGCAAUUUUUUUCAGUUAUGCAUGUGACUGAUUAUUUACUUUAUAUUUGUUAUAGCUUGUUGGUGUUAAUUGCUUGUUUUAUACAUUCCGUCAGGGAGAUGAAUUACAUGCUUUGUGCAUUUUUUUUCUAUGAAGUGCAUCAAGUUACUUUCAAAUGAAGUUGCUUUUGCAGCACCAAAGACUGUCAUCUGUAUAAGGUAGCUACUUUUGCAUAGACCUCCAGCAUACUGUAGUGAAGGGAUGGGUACUUACAAAAAUAUAUAAAAAAAAAAAGCUGAGGUUGUGUUUAGCUCUUGAGCAAGUAAUAAACUGUAUCAUUUAUCUUGAAUGUAUCAUAGAUAAGCUGCUAUAUAAUGAUUGCCACUUAAAAUAGCUGUGAAAUUAGGUAAUUAACUAGUUCUUAGCCUUCUUGUUUCUGUAUGUCUAUUUACAUGAACUAGAAUUUGGGGGGGUUGAUUUUAGGGUUUUAGUUUUUUUAUGCUUUUAUGUUUGGAGUGUUGUAACUACUAUAUUGUAAAUGAUGGAAGUUAGUUGCAUUUGUUGUUUUGGGUGUGUUAUUUGCAUCAGUAUUUUAUCUUUCCAUUAACUUCAUGUUCAUCACUGCAUAUAAAUGGAUGUAUUAGUGUAACUUAAUUUUUUUAUGUUUUCGUAUCGACUUUGUGUAGGCAUCCAAAAAGGCUGUAUCUUGCAGGUCUGACUUAACUUUUUCAUAUAGUGUUAAUUUGGAGUGCAGUCCUACUUUUGUAGCAUUGCUCUGCGCUGGAAUCUGCAGUGCUUGUUGUGGGUUUGUAUUUAAUUCCUAAAUAAGCCUAGCAUUGCAGCCAUUUUGUUUAUGCGAUUUAUGCCACUAAAUCCACACUAGUAUAACUGGUAGUAAUAAGCUAAUUGUGAAUAGUUUUUUUUUCCUUUCUCUCCUUUGAUGCAACAAGCAGUGUUAUUUAAUGACUUGACCAGCAUUAGAAAUGUACCUUUGUAGAACUCUUCUAACAGACAGAAUGCGUAAAUAUGCUGAGGCAUAUCUCAUAGCAAUAAUCUGAACAUUAAAGUGGUUUGUAUUCAGUUAGAGAUUUGUUUCAUUAGUAGUUUAUGUAAAGCACAGCCAUUACCCGUUUAGUUUAACUGUAUCUGUGUCUAAAAAGACUAUGGAUAAAAGAGCUUUAGAAGUGGCUGUAGCAAACAUUUCAAAUUGUGUUAGUAGUUUAAGUAUGUUAGCCAGGUACAUAAGACAGUGUCCCUUGUCUUUCAGUAUUCUGACUCACUGCGCAAACGUAACAAGUCUUGAACUUUUAUGUAGCAUGGCUGUGUGAAGAAGGCACCAACAGCUAUCCUGUAUCACAAAGCCUAGUUUGUGACUUUGCUUUGUGAACCAGCAGCCACUGCCGUGUUGCUGCCCUGCAUUUGAGAAACAACGCAGUUGUCAUGAGGUGUCGAUCAUAGAAUUUUGAGUACUGUAUGUUGCUGGUAUGAACGCAUAGUAUAAUGGUGCUCAUACUUAACUCAUGUUUUAGCCAGUACAUGUGUCAUCAGUGGUAAUGGUAGGGAAGUUAAGUAUUCAUUACUCCUUCGAUUUGAUUACCAACUUCAUAGAAUACCCAUAUUUCUUGUUCCCUACCUCAUUGUAGUAAUGUAUAAAUGUUGGUGGUCUGCGGCUCUUGGUAAUUGUCAUGAGUUUGCAGUCCAGUUUUUUUUUUUCAAAUAAAAUGAUUCCUGGCGUAAAAAAUGCAUAUGGCUAUAACAACUUUGCAGUUAUAGAAAUGAGUAAUUUGCCACUUGCUUACAGGCAUAAAACUUUUUGACUGGUUAGAAAUGAAUUAAUUUGUACUAGGAUUAUAGCCAUUUUGAAGUUGGCAUGUUUUGGCAGCCACAGAUAAUAGCUUUUGCCUUAACUGGAAAUUUCCUAGUCAGUCCCCAUCAGUUGGAUACCUCACAGCCUUUUAAACUCUAAAAAGGUGUACAUCUUAUGUCCAGUACAGAUUGUCCUUGUUUCAGUUGUUUGUAGAUAUUAACUUAAUAGGAUAUAAACUUUCAUCCUUCUUGCUUGCCCGUGCAGCUGGCAACAAAAGAAAAUUAUUGCCUUUGUGUCAUCUUAAUUUCAUCAAAAUUUAAAAUCAACUUAGUAAAAUGUAAAAGGUAUUUGAAUCCAUUGUAAAAAUUAGAAUAGCUUAUGAAAUGUACUGUUUUGUGUUGAUGCCAGAGCCAGCAGACCUUAACAGUAGUUCAUGGUGUUACUGUUUUCUGCAGUCCCACUACUGUUGGUGUAUACUCGAUGUGGCAUUUCAAGAUUUAGUAGAAAGCUGUAUCCGUUAAAAAUACAUUUGAAAAAUAAGAAGUCAUCUAUAAACUUUGUGCCACAAAAUACAACAGUAAGAAAGAAUGAUUCUGCUUUGUAGUUGUGCUGCUUAUCAGCUUUUACAAAUCUUGCAUGCAUUUUGGUUGCACGAUCUUUGAAAUUGAGAAACUGUAUUUUUCACACAAAGGUAAAGUAAAAUUUAACACGUUGAGUUAAAUUUGGUUUGUUGGUAGCUUUUGAAAGAGGCAUUAUUUUUCUAUGCCUUCAGCUAUGUAGUGCGAGUAUGCAAGAAUUUUCUCUUAAGAGAUCUGUUACUGUGGGUCUGCUGCUUUAGGCUGCUGUCUGUUAAGUUUGAAAGCGGACUUCUUUUGUCCCCUGGCUUCUAACACUGAACUGCGAAGAUCCUCAUAAAGAACUUUGAUCUUAACAGUUUUUAGCAAUUUGGCUACCAAAAAUGGUUAUUUGUAAGAGCAAAGCCUUAAUUUAUUGAAGUGGUCUGCCCAGCACUUAUUGUAGACCUCUUGUAGCUCUUAGCCAUGUUUCUGUUCUGCUGUUCACUUUAUUAUUGCCCAUUGUUUUGCAAAGCUACAUUUUUUGUCAUAAAACACAGUGUAAAGCAUAUUUUCAAAGCAAGGAUGGAAUUUUAAAAUUAUGUUAGGCACUUGCUAGGAAAUUUCUGUAUACGUUUUAAAAAUAUAUAUUCUUGAGUAAACUGACCUGAAUGAUAAUAAAUCAAUGAUUUGCACUUCUUGCUGUUGAAGUUUUUAAGUAAUAACACUGCAUUAAUAAGUUGCAUAUAAAUGUACUGAUAUUUUAUUUACACUGUUUUAUGAAUUGGUUGUAUUCUUUAAAUAUUAGGCUAACUUCAGGGUGUUUUUAUUAAUCAAAUAUGCUACUGUAUUAACUGCUUGGUUUUAGAAAGUUUUAUUUUUAUAAUCCAAAUUUCUGCAAAUUUUAACCGGAUAAUCUUACCAAAAGUUAAAUCACACUGCAAGUUAUAGAAAAAAAUCUGUUAAGAAUACACAACAUUGUAGACUUGAUUAUUGAGUUUGAACUGUUACUGUUUAAAAAAAAUGUAGAAUUUUUGUGGCUUCUUUUGCUUUUGAUUUAAUGCUACACUAGUUUGCCAUGUAGCAAUUGCACUGUGCAAUAUUUACAAUAUGAGGACUGGGAAAUUUUUAUGGAUGUAAUGUCUCUUACAGUUUGCGAUAGUAUUUCUUUCUAGUUCUCAGUGAUUUAAAUGUGACCAAGCCUUCUGUACUUGUCACAAAAAGCGGGUUUCCAGGUGACUAUUUUGGUGAGUGUCAAAAAAAAAAAAAAAGAAUUUAUGAUGUAUUAUUGUCAAAAUUCACUUUGAAUUAAAAUAUAUAUUGCAGCAAACAAACACUUGUGAUCCUUGCUUUCUCUGUUAUUGCUCAUUACAGAACAGUUCUGUACUUUUCGUAAAAUGUUUUUUCACCAAAUAAAAAAAACGUUUUUCACAA